UUGGGGGGGCCAGUGAAGCAUGAAAUUGGGGAUGGGACAAGGUUUGCAGAACUUGCAUAUGUUUGGGAUCCAAACACAAUUUGGACUCUCCUGGUCAGGUGCACUUAUCCAGAUUACAAUGCUUUCAUUUCUGCUACUGAAAUUGUUAACUCUGCUGAGGUAGGUGUUGGCCUAAAGAAGAUCAAGGGUUGAUCAUGUGGUAGAAUAUUUCAACAUUUUCCAAGGGUACCACAUGGAGAUCCUCGUAACUUUCCUUAUUGUGCUAAGUUGAGAAAUUGUUUUAAAGAUUGCUAACUUUUAUUGUACUUGUCCUUUUUUCCUUACAUCUCUCUGAGGUUUCACUGAAUCCAGAAAUGCAAUCCCUUAUCCUACACACAGAGGUCCAACUAAUUUUUCACAAGUUCUAGGGGAUUGCAUGUAGGUGUAAAAAUGUUUAGGAAAAUAAAGGUGUGCGUAAAAUCAGUCUCUAACAUUUCUGGGGAUAUUGACCAGAAAUGGGAUUUGAAGUAGAUUUAAGUUGAUAAUUUGUCGAUGGACUCUAAAUAGUUUCCUAUAGACACAGAGUGCUUUGGUGUAGUUGGGUGACUGCUGGUGUUGUUUAAAGGAUUUUUACUCCCCUUGUACAUGAUUAUUGAUUGAUAAUUAUAUGUAUAUGUUACACAAAGUAAUGGAUACAAAGUCAAUACAAACUGCCGUACUGUAUUCUGCUCUCCUCCACACAAUCAGAAGGUCCCGAAUCUAGUUACCAGUACCACAAUCUCUUUCUUUUUCAAAAAAGAAACAAACAAACAAUCAAACUACUAAAAGGUCCAAGAGAAAAUAAACAGGAAUCCUGGUGUACCUAAACAGGUGCUUAGACUUUUACUCCAGUAACUAAACGUUUUGCACUCUGUAAGUGAAAGUGGCCCAGUAGGCAUCAGGCCAAAGUUCAACUGUUACACAGUUUCUUAGGUUGUUAAGACAGUACAUAACCAGCUAAAGCUCUUGGGGGGGCCAGCUAAGUCUUCCCGACUGCUGCGGGGUAACUCUCUCUCCUGUGGGAGUCAUUCCUGGACAAGACUUGUCAGGCACUUUCAAAUUUGA